AUGCAACCUACAGCUACUUUGCGUGCAGUUCACAAACCUUUGAUUCGAUUCUUGGGUCCUAGAGCCAAUCUCUGGAAGGAUGCCCCUCAACAUACUGGCCCUCACCCUUUAACACCACCUAAUCUUGUCAAGCAUGUCGCCGAGGCGUCAAAGCCUGCUGCUGCCGCUGCUACUUCCAGUAAGGCUGCUUCAUCUCAACAACAAGGUGUCCUCGAAUUCAGCCAAUUAGCUGCCAAGUAUAAGCGUGCCCCCAUUUCCGAGGCUGAGAUGGAGGCUAUCGAGAGUGGUGGAGCUACAUUUAUCAUCUAA